CUCGAACUCGGAAGUAACAGGGUGUGCAAGAUGGCGUGGUGCGGUUUUGUCCAAAGGAGAUAUGUUGUUUCUCUCCUCAGUUUCUUCGGCUUGUGUCUUUUGUUUGGGUUACGAAGCGCCCUCUCGGUUUCUCUGACGAACCUCGUCCAGAGUCAUGCAAGUGGAAAUGACUCGCACCACCACACACCGCACAGCGAUAACCAUUCUUUCCACUUGGACUGGACGACGUCUGAGGUGGGCUGGGUGUUCAGUGCGUACGGUAUAGGCUAUAUCAUCACACAGAUUCCAGGGGGAGUGCUCUCCGCCGCUCUGCCGGCGCAUUUAGUGUUCAGCUUCGCUUGUGCCUUCAGUUUUGGGCUCUUUGCGUGUCUUCCGUCGGCUAUCAAGGCGGAGGACUACCGCUAUGCCGUCGUGAUCCGCUUUCUACAAGGUUUCGUGGAGGGGGUCACUAUCCCUGCACAGCAAGGGAUAUGGACGGAAUGGGCACCGGAAAGUGAAAAAAACAAGCUGUCCUUAAUAGCCCUCUCUGGGGCGUAUUGCGGUCCAGCUAUCGCCAUGUUGGUCACGGGAGUGGUCAACGUAAAGUUAGGAUGGUACUGGAUAUUCUACAUAUACAGCAUCAUUGGAGGUGUCUGGUUUAUCAUUUGGCUGUUACUAGUGUUCCAGUCACCAUAUAAAUCACCCAAUAGAAUAGGGGACAAAGAGAGAUUGUUGUUUGAAGAGGAAAAGAGAAAAAGAACGGCUAACAUAAUGAAGACUCAAACAUCCAAAUCUAUCAAAGGACUGGCAAAGGUUAAAGGGAUUCCGUGGAAGUCAAUUCUGACGUCACUUCCUGUAUGGGCAGUUUUCGUUGCCGGAACUACCCGAAGCUGGGUCCUCCUACUGGUGACCAAUUAUUUCUCAGAAUAUUUGGACAACGUUUUCCACAUGCCAAUUGAUGUGAUCGGGUACCUGUCAGCUGUCCCGUUUUUUGUGACGACAGUAACCGUGUGUGUGGGGGCGGCCAUUGCUGAUUUCGUCCUGAAGCGGAAGGUGGUCUCCAGGACUGUGGCCAGGAAGCUAUUUAAUUGUGUUGGUUUUGGCUUUGAGGCAACAAUCUUAAUAGUCGCUGGAUUCAUGACGUCAUAUUUUCCGAAUGAAAUCUUAGCCGUGGUUUUACUAUCAGUGUCAUGUGGGUCUAGUGGGUUUGCGGCUUCAGGCUACCAAGCCAAUCCCCUGGAUUUAGCACGUGACCAUGCCGCCAUUUUGAUGGGCAUUUCCAAACUAGGAGGAAUAGGUGGCAUGAUUAUGCCCAACGUUGUUGGGGUUCUUACCGUCAACAGGGAUCCUGCGGGUUGGUCCAACGUGUUCUGGUUGACCGCGGGGAUAGAACUUGGCGGCGUCCUAUUUUUCGCCAUAUUCGCCAGCGGAAAACAGCAGCCGUGGUCCAGUUACCGCGACGCAAGAGAACUUGACAUCACGCGGAAAAACACGACCAGUUACGGAGCCACACGAAGUAGAAGCGUUCGGUUUUCGGAAAAGACCGGCGGUUCGGGUUAUCCAGGUUAUGAUGAGAUCAAUGACGAAGAUGAUGAAUAUGAUGAUGGAAUAUUUGACGAUGAUCCUCUCCGAGAAUCGUAUUAUGAUUCUAUGGCCCCAUAUUAACACUGAUUCAAUCGUUCAGACAGUAUUAUAAUCAAUCUUAAGCUUCACUUUGUAAUGUUUUACAUUGAGAAACACUAAUUGAUAACAGAAAAUAUAACAAAAACCUGGGAAGACACACCUUUCAUUCAGUUGAUUGAAGUAAUCAAAAGAAUGAAACACUGGAAAAGUACAAGAUGAAUAGGGCUGGCUCUAUUUGAAGUUCAAAAAUGGAAAACCACAUUACGUUCACUAGCAUAUUGCACGCGCAUACUCUAUCCAACGCACAAAAUAAAAUUGCGUCGAACGUGUUUAGUAAAAGGGAUCAUCAUGCAACAAUAUUCAGCUAUGGUAUAAAGUGAGGCAACAUCUGAAAUGUUUUUCCUGAAAAGUAAAAGCAUACGUUUACUUUCGCCAAGAUUCACUUUUUUCAUCAUCACAUAACAAGAGGAGCACACAUCCGAAGUUUACAGCAAUCGACCGAAGAGAUAAAAUGAAUAGUGCCUGCAGAGGUGAUUGCGUUAGCUGUGACGAAACCACAAUCGACGGUGCUGAUUUCACACAUGGUUAUCACUUUUUAUCUUUUCAAACCAGGUCAAUUCCGGGUUCAACCAUCAGGAGACUAUGUGACUUGACAUGGAAUAGUCAUACAAUUAUGAUGACCAAAGCUUGAUAAACAUACUUUUACAACAAAAAAAGUACUACCUUAUCUCCAACUAAAGAUUAAACUCAAAAUAAGUUGUUAAUUUUAUACUUAGUAAAACAAUGUUGAGAUUUCUUGAUCCGAGGUUGGGGCCCUGUGACCUAAAUACCCAUCGAACAUUUUUGACUGAUAGACAACAGAUAGAAAGGAACAUUGUCAUCUCUUAACUUUUAAGUUCUUUAUCUCUGUCAACCCUGCUUUUAUUACGCCUCUGUUUGACAAGUAUUAUGCUAUAUAACCCUGGAAUUCUAGUUAUUUAUUGAGCACUUCUUUAUCUGAAAGUACUGUGUUACUUUAUGGAUAUUAUACAUGCAUAAAUAAUUCAAUUUCCUUAUUGUACGACAUAACAAACUUGGAGCAUCUAGUAUGCAGUAGUUCUUGGCAAAAAAUAGAUUACUUAGCUAUCAAUGAUUCUGUGACCCAAUUUUUCAUUCCAGUACAUUAUAAAAAAAGUUAAAUAAACACACCAGUACUGAAACUUAACGACAAAAAACAUAAGUUGCCCAGCCCAAAGAGAUAAGAGAAAGACAAACUCGGCAUGUGCGUUUCAAGCCUGUUUCUAACAAUCAGGCGUGAUACACACAAGAUAAAUUACACGGAUCACGUGAAUACACAUAAUUAAGUUCACGUCAUUCAAUUAAAAACUCUCCUUAAACCUUAUUUUCCGUUUCUCUUAAGUAUGUCACACGGCUUAUUUGUGAUAAUAGCUAUGGCAACUAAAUGGUGUUACAUUUCAAAUUGCACCGUUCACAAAUCCUGUAUUUCAUAAACGUACGUUGCACGUGGAAGAGAAGCAAACAAAGUUUAAGGGAACAGCACUAUUAGCAAUGCAUGUAGUUAGUGAUCUGGUUGGUAUAAAUACUUAUUCUUAUCAAUUUCCCAUAGAUCUUGAUGGAAAAAACGUAACCAAAAAAGGCAAUCUGUUCAAUUUUCUGGUCUCAGCACGGUAAUUAAUUAAACAGUACACGAACGGCGAACAUUAGCGAUAUACAAGAAUGUAAAAGAAUAUCACAGUUGUGCGUAUA